GGAUCCCAUGUGGAAUGGUGUAAACAGCUGAUAGCUGCAACCAUUUCUAGUCAGAUUUCAGGGUCUGUCCCAUCAGAAGGUGUGUCCAAAGACUACAGGGUGUACAGGAGGCCUGUUAUGCGGGAGAUGCAGGAUGGACACAAUGGCUAUCAUUCUGAAGCAGAACCUGAUCAGGUGGCACUGCGGGAUGGAAACAAACUAGCACAGAUGGAAGAGGCUCCACUUUUUCCUGGAGAAUCAAUCAAAGUUAUUGCUAAAGAUGUUAUGUAUAUCUGUCCAUUUAUGGGAGCAGUCAGUGGUACACUAACAGUGACGGACUUCAGAAUGUAUAUCAAAAGUGUUGAAAGGGAUCCACCUUUUGUUGUUGAUGUUCCCCUUGGAGUCAUAAGUAGGGUUGAAAAAAUUGGAGUGCAGAGCCAUGGUGACAACUCAUGUGGUAUAGAAAUAGUUUGCAAGGAUAUGAGAAAUUUGCGGCUGGCCUAUAAACAGGAAGAGCAGAACAGGUUGGAGAUUUUUGAAAACCUUGUAACACGCGCAUUUCCUGUUUCGAAUGGACUGCCUCUUUUUGCAUUCAGCUAUAAAGAAAAGUUUGCUGUUAAUGGCUGGAAAGUGUAUGAUCCAAUGGCAGAAUAUAAGAGGCAGGGCUUGCCCAAUGAGAGUUGGAAAAUAUCCAAAAUUAACAGCACCUAUGAGCUUUGUGAUACGUAUCCUGCCAUUCUUGUUGUGCCAACCAGUGUAAAGGAUGAUGACCUCUCAAAAGUGGCAGCAUUUAGAGCAAAAGGCAGAGUUCCAGUGUUAUCCUGGAUUCAUCCUGAGAGCCAAGCAACAAUAACACGAUGCAGUCAGCCAUCGGUAGGCCCAAAUGAUAAGCGUUGCAAAGAAGAUGAAAAAUAUUUGCAGACAAUAAUGGAUGCCAAUGCUCAGUCACAUAAACUUAUCAUCUUUGAUGCCAGACAGAAUAGUGUUGCAGAUACAAACAAGGCAAAAGGUGGAGGAUAUGAAAGUGAAAGUGCCUACCCAAAUGCAGAGCUGGUCUUUCUGGAAAUUCAUAAUAUACAUGUAAUGAGAGAAUCCCUGCGUAAACUUAAAGAAAUAGUUUAUCCUACUAUUGAUGAGACUCGGUGGUUAUCAAAUGUGGACUCCACACAUUGGCUGGAAUAUAUAAGGAUGCUUCUUGCUGGAGCAGUAAGAAUUGCAGAUAAAAUUGAAUCUGGUAAAACAUCUGUAGUGGUACAUUGCAGUGAUGGUUGGGAUCGAACUGCACAGCUUACUGCGCUGGCUAUGCUUAUGCUGGACAGCUAUUACAGAACUAUCAAGGGAUUUGAAGUUCUUAUAGAGAAAGAAUGGACGAGUUUUGGACACCGAUUUGCAAUGCGAGUAGGACAUGGAGAUGAUGAUCAUGCUGAUGCAGACAGAUCUCCUAUUUUCCUGCAGUUCAUCGACUGUGUUUGGCAAAUGACAAAGCAGUUUCCUGCAGCCUUUGAAUUCAAUGAGUUAUUUUUGAUCACCAUUCUGGAUCACCUUUACAGUUGUCUCUUUGGGACUUUCUUAUGCAACUGUGAAAAAGAGAGAUUAAAAGAGGAGGUAAGCACAAAGACUGUAUCGCUGUGGUCCUAUAUAAACAGCCAGUUAGAUGAGUUCACAAAUCCUUUCUACGUAAACUAUGAAAAUCAUGUCCUAUAUCCUGUUGCCAGUUUGAACCAUUUGGAACUAUGGGUGAACUACUACGUCAGAUGGAACCCAAGGAUGCGGCCUCAGGUUCCAAUCCAUCAAAAUCUCAAAGAGCUCCUUGCCAUCCGGACAGAGCUUCAGAAGAAGGUUGAAGAUUUGCAGCGGGAAGCUGCUACACGAUCCAUUUCUUCCUCUUCUGAUAGAGGUUCAUCUCCUUCCCAUUCAGCCACGCCAGUGCACACCUCUGUGUGAUGUGUUACAAAAGCCACGUGAACAAAAAUAGUGUCAGGUAAUACAGAGAGGAGGGGGAAAUGCUUUUCCCAUCACAAAAGGAUUGUGAGUGACUUGUAAUUGCUAUGAUCUACAUGCCUUACUCUGUCUGAUAUUACCACGAUGAGGCCAAAAAAAGCUUCAAUAGAUGUGAUGUAUUUUCUUGUUGGCAGUUCCGACACGUGUUUUGACAUCUCUAGCUAAAUCACCAAUUGUGAAAUUAAACUUUGUUUUGAGCAGCUAACAAUUUAACCAUCCUAAAAAGGAAUCCAUCUGCCAAGCAGACAGAAAAAUGCCUCUCACACUGCCUAGGGUACCAUGCCUGUUGAGAGAAUCAGAUUAAAUGCCACAUGAUGCUUACACAGAAUGUUUUUCUGAAUGGGAGCUCCUUAUUUCACUCAAUAAUAUAUUAUUUUUUUUGGCUAGAGCAAUUUAUUUUUUUUUAGGUAAUUAAUGCACUUGGAAAUUGAUUUUAAAAUAAAUGUUUCCAGUGUAGUCAGUUUUACAUUUCGACUAAAUAUGCCAUUACAAGUGGAUGAAGUUAAGCUGGAUUUAUCAAGUACACCACACUGACUUGUAUGAUGUAAUAUAUUUGGUAAAGCAUGUAUUUUAGGUUUUUUAAUGCCUUUUGUACAAGUUGAAAUAAAGUCUUUUGACUGUUUAGCUUAUUGUUCAGAUUCAGCCUCCUGAGUGAGGAGUAAACUUA